AUGGAGUUGCGAACGGCUAGGCCGGUGGUGGUGGCGCACGGCGGUACGCACGGCUCGGGCGGUAACAAGGGAUGCAGGCCGGGCUCGGUGGUGGACGGACGAUUGGAUCGGGCUGUAGCAGUCGGCUCUCAGUGUCGCUCAGAUAGCGGCGCGCGUUGGUCGUGCGUCGAGCGCGUGUGGAGUGAUGUCUGCGAGAUGAGGCUGUCGCUGGUGCUACUAUGGUUGGGCGCGGCGGCGGCUUGCGGCCCGAGCCGCGGCUAUACCCGCCGUCAGGGCGCGCGCCGCAUUACGCCCCUAGUCUUCGGCCAGCACGACCCAAACAUAAGUGAGAACAAGAACACCGCAAGCGGCCCUCCCGAGGGUCGCAUCACCAGGGACGACGAGAGGUUCAAAGACUUAGUGCCGAAUUAUAAUCCGGACAUCGAAUUUAGGGAUGAUGAGGGAACAGGAGCUGAUCGCCUCAUGACGCAGAGAUGCAAGGAGAAGCUGAACACAUUAGCGAUCAGCGUGAUGAACCAGUGGCCAGGCGUGCGGUUACGAGUUAUCGAGGGAUGGGACGAGGAGAACUCGCACUUGGAAAAUUCCCUGCAUUACGAGGGCCGCGCUGUGGACCUCACUACAAGUGACCGUGACCGCAGCAAGUACGGCAUGCUCGCUAGACUCGCUGUGGAAGCGGGAUUCGAUUGGGUCUUCUAUGAGAGCCGCUCCUACAUACAUUGUUCUGUUAAAACAGAAUCCUCUGUUGGAACCGGAGCUGGCUGCUUUCCCCAAGGGUCAUUGGUGUAUACAGAAAAUGGUACACGUGACAUUGCUACGCUGCAAAAGGGAGACAAAGUGCUGGCCGCAUCUGAUGACGGCAAAAUGAUAUAUUCCGAGGUACUGACAUUUAUCGAUAGAAAUCCGAACGUUACGCGGCAGUUCAUCGAAGUCACUGCCGAAAACAGCGUAACAAUCACAACGACGCCGUCUCAUCUUCUCCUAUUGGCGGCGGCCGAUGGUUGGCGAGAGUCGUUCGCUGCCAAUGUUCAAGUCGGCGACGUACUCCUAACGCGAGGACCAGCUGACGUCAUGAGGCCAUCAAGAGUAGUAAAGACUCGCCUGGUUUCGAAGCAUGGUGUAUACGCACCGCUGACCAGAGCAGGAACAAUAAUAGUGGAUGAUGCCUUAGCGUCGUGCUAUGCGCUGGUACGAAGCCAUUCCCUGGCGCACGCGGCGAUGGCGCCGCUGCGGUGGAUAUCGCGAUGGAGCUCGUCGAGUGAGAUGCCGCACGGCGUCCACUGGUACGCGCACGUGCUGUACUCGGUCGGAGAUUUUGUGCUGCCGUCCUCCUAUAGGUACCGCUAG